AGCCCAAGCCACCUUCAACCACAACCACAAGAGUUUCUUUCUACAAGGCCAUGCACCAUUUUUAUGGGCUAACUCUACUACAACCUCUUAUCUACUGAUCUUCCACCAUUUUCUUCACCCAAAUUUUAGUCGGAAAAUAUGGCAACCAUCACAACACAAGCUUCAGCUGCAGUGUUCCGGCCUCGAUUCCUUACCGGUUCCUCCGGUAAAUUGAAUAAAGGAGUACCCUUUAAACCAAUCCCUUCUUCAUCUACAAGUUCUUUUAAAGUUGAAGCCAAGCAAGGAGAGUGGCUACCGGGUUUGCCUCCACCUGCUUACCUCAAUGGCAGUCUUCCAGGGGACAAUGGAUUUGACCCUCUAGGUUUGGCUGAGGACCCUGAGAACUUGAGAUGGUAUGUUCAGGCGGAGCUUGUCAACGGGCGGUGGGCGAUGUUGGGUGUUGUAGGAAUGCUGUUGCCGGAAGUUUUCACUAAGAUUGGAAUUAUUAAUGCGCCCAACUGGUACGAUGCCGGGAAAGCUGAAUACUUUGCAUCGUCAUCGACUCUUUUCGUGAUUGAGUUCAUCUUGUUUCACUAUGUGGAGAUCAGAAGGUGGCAAGACAUAAAGAACCCAGGAUGUGUGAACCAGGACCCUAUCUUCAAGCAAUACAGCUUGCCUCCCCAUGAACUUGGCUACCCUGGUAGUAUUUUUAACCCAUUGAACUUUGCACCAACUCUUGAGGCCAAGGAGAAGGAACUUGCCAACGGGAGAUUGGCAAUGUUGGCAUUCUUGGGGUUUAUUGUUCAACACAAUGUAACAGGGCAAGGGCCAUUUGACAACCUGUUGCAGCACCUCUCAGACCCCUGGCACAACACCAUUGUUCAAACACUAAGGGGUUACUAAAUCAGUUGUCUUUCUUCUCCAAAUAUUUUGAGUGAGAUUUGAGCAUCACUGCAAACAUGGAACCUUCAAUGUACAGGGGAACAAAGAUGGCAUUUAUAUUAUCAUCCUUUAUAUUACUUGUCCCAAUUAAAAUUUACUCUGUAGCAUGAAUGAAUAUUCCUUAUGUAACAGACUUCAUCUGGUAGCAGGCCAACUCCAUGCAAAAUGUUAAUUGACAGAAAAACUUGUGUGUAA